GUUCCGGAAAGAUGGCGGACUCUUGUUUUCAAGAUCAUUCUCACGGAGCCCGAGGACAAUUUUGAGACAUAAUCUCGCGAAAGUUGACAUGUCGCGCGUGUGAUAAUCUCAGCCACGAUAGUUCGUCGCUGCGAGAGUUCGUGCGCGUGCGAGAUCGCGACGCUCGUGCCCACCGGCGUCUUCUCGGUGAGCAAGCGUGCAGCACGCAGAGUUCGGUGUCAUCGAGUGAGUAUCGUUCCGACGGUCUGGCCGGUGCCUCCAGAGGCUCGAAAUACGGUGGCUCGCAACUCGGUGAAAUGGUUGCGCGCCACCACUGGUCGCUCUAACCCCAACAGUGUUUGUGAUCUCAACGCGACCGCCAACGACGCGAUUUGGUUAGGUCGCUUUGCUACUGGCUCCGUACGUAUGAUACCGGAGCAGAGUGUUCCUCCCGGUGGUUCACGUUACGAUGUAACGCACGAACGUCGCGGAAGUGAACUGAUUGUUGGAUAAGACGCGCGAACUCACGAUGGCCAAUGGCGAUUUCGACGUGGAGCUCUUCGAGCGAAGGCUCCACACACUGAAGGACUCCCAGGAGUCCAUACAAGGGCUUUCCGCAUGGUGUCUGGAGAGAAGGCAGCAUCACAAGAAGAUUGUCGCCACUUGGUUGCAGGUUCUGAAGAAAGUAAAAGUGGAACAUCGUCUUACAUUGUUCUACCUGGCAAACGAUGUUAUUCAGUAUUCGAAACGAAAAAACUUUGAAUUCGUGGAAUCGUGGGGCACCACUCUGCAACGUGCGACGACGAUGGUUCGGGAUGAGAAGGUGAAACAUCGUAUACUGAGAAUAUUCAAAAUCUGGGACCAACGGCAGAUCUACAACGAGGAGUUUCUCGCUGACCUGUCCGGCUUGAUCUCAGCUGCCCCGAAAAAGAAACUGGAUCCCCAACCGACUGCUCCAACUGAAGAAUUUCAACCAGCUCUGCUGAUCUCAACGAUGAGGUCUUGCACGACUCUGGAGCAAGCAACCGAUGCGAGGUUACGCGAUUUACGGGAAAGUAACAUAGACAUAGAAAACGCGGAAGAACUAUGCUCGUCGUUAAAAGACAGGAGACGUGUUGAGGAUGCCGAGAAGGAGGUUGAAUUGGCUGUACGGAACGUUGAAAAUUACGUACGUGCGUUAGACGCGGAGAUUAGGGAAAGAACACAAGUGGUCGAGUUGUUGGAGCAGGCCGAUCAGUUUUACGAGACUCAACGCGGAGAAGUUAAAAUAGUGUCAAAUGCGUACCGGAAUUUCGGUAGCCGUGUGAAAAACCUGAAGAAAAAACUGGACGAACUGCUGCCGACCUUAGUCUCCCCGAUACCAUCGCCCGAUGUGAACGCGCCUUCGCCGAGUCCCGACAGUGACAUAGAACUUCCGGGAGACGAGACCCAAGCAACGAAUCCGUCGGGAAUCAUCGACGUGGCGCCGCCGACUCUCUACGGGUCGUAUACUCACGAUUACGAUCCUAUACCAGUACCCGCCCCCGAGAUGACACAGGCCAACGAGUCAGGGGACUUUACCAAUAAUUUCCCUUCCUUCAUAGGGGGGAAUAUGGAUUUUGGUAACAUGAGAAACUUGUUCAACGAAAGGCCCACGACGCCAUCUGGAAUGUCUCAACAAUACAAUGAUUCUAUAGAGGCGAAACCUAUAGAGGUGAUCAAUAUGAGACCUUCGAAGAACGAAAAGAGCAACUCGGAGUUCAACGUGUCUAGUUUCCUGAAAACUCUCCUCCCGUCCUCCGACGGGACGCCGGACCCGGGUGCUAUACCGGGUCUGGGCUUGGACGCGUCCGAAAGCCAAGUGGAUUCGCCGCAACGUCCUAACUACAGGCACUCACCCGGGUUAGGGCAACUACCCGUAACGCCUGUGAUCUCAAGAAUGAUCGGUAGUCAGGGUGCAUCAUCCCUUGGCGGUUUGAACAACUGCCAGAUGAGUCAUAGUACCCCGUUGCCCGUUCGCAAUUUGUCUGGUGAAUCACACACACCUUCUCCGUAUUCCAGUCAAAACAGUCAGAGCAAUAUAACCGGUCCCUUCGACGGUCCCGCGAACACCAACACAGUUAAUCCUUUACCUCCUCCACCCUUACCGCCCAUCUUUCUCGACGACGAGAACUGCUACAACAAGCUGCCACCCAAGUUCCCCACGUGGACACCGCCGAACGAGAGCGUCAAGGAGCCGGCCAAAUGGGAAGAGAAGGGAAAGAACAGCGUGAAUCCCACGUGGCCCGGCGGCGAAUGCGACGACAAAAACAAGAGCUCGUGGAUGGACGGCGAAGCGGACAGGUGGGAUUCCAAUAACGACCCCGCGUGGCCGGGCAGGACGAAAAACGAGAUACUGUCCGAGACCCCGGAAUCACCGCCCAUAUACGAGAAGGCCGGUUUCGCCGAGCCGGUCGAGUACAACGAGCCGCAGCCGCAAGAGUCACUGAGUACCACCGGGGACGUGGAUCACAGAGUGAUUCCGAUCCCGUUGGCCGGCGAGAACCAGUUGUCAUAUCGUCUGAUGAAAGCGGCGGACGUAGAUCAUCGCAAUCUGAUCAGUCUUACCGGUAGUCCCGCGAAUCACAACAGCCUCGGCGACUCGUCGCUCUCCUCUUUGCCCAACAACAAUAAUCUGUGGUCCACCGUCGACCAGGAUUACCGACGGCACAUGCAGCCGGGCGACAUCGUCGAAAGCGUCGACAUGGAGAUGUCGGACGACGAGAACGAGAGCAAGCCGAAGGGCAGGGUUCUGGUAGACCUGAGGUUGCAGGACCGCGACAUGCGCGUGGGCGCGCCGGCGCACUUAGACAUGGACAUGCGCAUGAUACCGCUUCCCACCGGACAAAUGCCUGGUUCGCGCGGUCAGCUCGUGCAAGGCGUUCGUCUGAUGCACGCGGGCCCACCCCCGCCGCCCCCGCCGCCGCAGUUUCACCAGAGCUUUCGGCAGGAGCAGUCGAACUUCCACCGCGGCCAGCCGGUUGAUUUUCACCCGAAUCAGUCCAACUUCCACCAGAACCGACCACCGCCGAACUUCCUGCCGAGCACGCAGGACUUUCGUCCGCAGCACCAUCAGCAGGACUUCCAUCCUUCUCAGCAGGACUUUGACUAUCGCGACAGACAGCACGACAUCCGGCCUCAGCAGGAUUUCUCGACGGACCCGUCCGGCAGGUACCCGACGGACCAUCAACUCCGCGACGGCUCGCCCUUUCACAGGAUCGACAGGGGCCGCGGUGGACGCGGAUUCCCGCGCAAUCGCCGGGAUCGAUAUUCCGACGAUCACAUGAUGAAGCAACGGAAUCUGGUGAACAGUCGCAAGUCGAGAUCGCAGGAUCAGCAGUCGUCGCCUGAGAUCUUGCCGAACAGUCGGCCGCUGCUGCUACCACCGCCCGACACUAUCGUCAUUCUCGACGACGAAGGCAUGCCGAUCGGCAUGCCGAUCGGCAUGCCGGACUUUAACGCGGGCGACAACGCGGCGUCGUCCGGCAAUGUGACGAAGGAGCCUCAGGAACGCGACGACGGCGGUCAGAGCGCAGUGUUGCAGGCACGCCGUACGUCGCACGACACGCCGAGCUCGCAGGAUUCCGAGCGAAACCAUCCGGUAGGCUCGAGUCUCCCACCGUCUGAUCACGAACGGGCGCCGUCCUCAACCGGGUCGGACGAUCAGCAGCCGAUGAAUCAAGUGACAGUCAUUCCGAUAACGACGAACGACGCGCAACAAAACCAGUACGUUCCCGUUUCAGAGUACGAGGAGCAUGUAGAUUCGGAGCCGACGGAGAAGACGGCCGACGAUAACGGGUCGGUGCACGAGGGGCAGGACGCGAGUUUCGCGGAGGACGAGCAGUUGACGGGCGAGCAGCUGGGCGCGAUCGUGCCGAGCAACGAAUUGAAGAGGCCACCCGCGAACGGCAGUUUCGACGAGCAGAGCCACGAAGAUGGGAGCAGCUGCAACAAGAAGAGGACUCUCUUGCCGAACGGACCGCCGACGGAGCCGCACCCGGUGAUGUACGACGGCCCGCCGUCGCCGAACUUUCGGCCGCGCACACCCUUCCCACCCUGGCGCGGUGGACCUCCCAGAGGGAGCAGAGGAGGGUUCAGAGGCGGACCGCGGGCUCCGUGGUUGGACAGAGGGCCGCGCGGACCUGCGAACUUUCCGCCGAGGGGACUGAAACGCGGACAGUUCCGCGGUACUGCUUUCAGAGGCCGAGGACGAGGCAGUAAUUGGUAGAGUUAGGUUCGCGCAUCCAGCCGUGAUUUGGCUCAAUGACAGAAAUGACGGGCGACCGGGUGACUUUGCCGAACUUUGCGAGAGGCAACGCUCACUGAGAAAACGCCUUUUCUACUCUGUAAAUAACACGACGGUCUCGCGAGUCGCCGCGGCACGCAUAGCGCUGGGCUUUUAUGGGUGACGAGCGCGCUCGCACACACCUGCAUAUAUACAUACGUUAUACACAGAGGCACGCGCGGUCGUGUCCAGACGGUAAGAUCUUCCGUGUUGAAUGUUCACACAUACACACAUACACACACAUACACUUCCGUGUGCGAUUCAUUUCGCCUAUAUAAAUAUAUAAAUAAAAAAACUAUCUAGGUGUAUAUAUAUAUACACAUAGAUGUAUAUAUAUAUAUAUACACAUAUACAUAAAUAUAAAUAUACGUAUACAUGUUUCGUUAAAAUCUUAGAAGUGUUAUCGAAGCGGCUUGCGCGCGCGCACAUACACACACACAGACAAAACAUAGACACAUGCACGUGCGCAUGUAUUUGCUAUUAUCGAACUCGAUAGUAAUUAGAACCACGUAUGAUGACUCGAGAUGCGGUACGCUGAUUAGUCACUCUGAUGAUAAUGACCACGCUACACACUCCUUCGAUUAGAUUUUCGUGUAAGAGGAACUUGUGUUAUUCGCGUAUGCGCCUAGAAGGGACGACGGGGUUUAAUGGUACGUCUCGUCGGAUGAGUCUACUCGUGGAAGAGCCGUUUCGGUGGGAGCAAGAUCGACAACUUUCGAGGGUUGGGAAUUGAAAUCCCGCGGAAUCGUGACGCUUUCAAUUCUCGACCGAGAGAAUUCACGCUGCAUAUUCGAUCGCUCGCAGCGAUCGAUUCCACGGGUCUCCUAUUAUUUCCUUUCCUCGCACGCAAAAAUCGCGUCCUCCCCUUUCAUCCUCGCUUGCCUUAUCCACCUCACUUGUCCAUGUUUCCUGUCGUUUGGUUGAGGUCCGUUUAUAAGAAGAAAAAGAAAGGAAUGGAGAAAUACAGGCGUGUCUCAACGAACCCUUUCAAAUGUAUUAAUAAAAUAUAGUGUUUACGUUUUGGUUCGCUUCGUACAUUUCCCCUGUUAUUUCUGGAAUGUACUACGUAGCUGAAUGUUUCUCGAUAAGUCGUACCACGUUCUCGUGCAUAAAACGGCAAUAAACGAUGAGUCAUACCGAUCAUCAUCAGUUCAGAACGUAGUUUUCAAUUGUAUAUUUGUUUGCAAGAGAAAGUGGCAUGGUUCGAUACGUCGAUCAAUUCGCGAAUAGGCUAUCGAUAAGAUGCUCUGUAAUCGCUGAUAUUUUUUCGUGGUUGUGAUCCCGGCAAAAGGAGGAGAUGUAAAACGAACGAAACUACGGGACGAUAUGCUUGCUUCGUUAGUAAAGUAUGGAACGCUUCUGUCGUUUUGCGAUUGUUCGUCCAAUUGGAUGAACGUUAUCGUACGUCCUUUACGCGGAUGGACGAUGCACAUCGACGGUCGUGAGAAAAAGUUUAUAUUUUAACAACACUUCGAUUUAGAACGAUCGAUCUUGACUCUUUCAGUUUUGUCAACUAGUCAGUUCUACGUUUAUUUACGUUUCACCGAAAGCAAGCGAAUCGUUGCGGAGGAAAAAUACAGACGGUACAUCGAUAGUGAAUGCGCACAGGAAACAAGUGUAGCAAACGCAAAAAAAAUCCGUGGAACUAUAUGGUUGUUUAAUAAAAUAAUAACCGAGGACCUUCCUUCCAGCUCUCAAGUUGAUACGCAACCGUAUUCCCGCAUUCGAUACAACGCAUUUCGUUGGAUAAGUCACCUGUAAAUGUAUUUAAUUACUACGCACGUACAUUUUACCGAUCGUACAUUUUCUUUCACGAAAAGCUCGACACGAGAACGACAAGCGUCAUAUAUGUGUGUGCAUCCUCGUCAUUGAUUUUCUUUCGUAAACGCGCGACACCAAGAGACACGAAGGAAAUGCGAUAUCGUUCCAAUUUAUCGACCCGCCUUAUCACUCCUCGUCCGCUUUAUUUUUCCGACAUCUUAUGUGUACAGCAAUGAGUGUAUUAAUUACACGCUCCGUACGUGCGUGGAAACGAUGUUUAUCAAUCGGCACGAGACAAAAUGAAUCCCUCGAUCCUCCGCAAUGGGAGGAGAUGAACGUGCGGGGAAGCAUGUAAAAUGCGCGUGGAAUACGGUCCAGAUGCGAUGUAAUAAAGAGGGUGGCGUGGA